GAUAACUCGUGUUCUCAUCAAAAUCAUAAUUAAAUAGAAAAAAUAAACUUAAAUAAUUAUACAGCUAUAUUUUAUAUUAAUAAAUUUCAUAAUUACAAUUUAAAUUUUUAUAUUAUUUUAUAUUUCACGAGGUUUUUCCUUCAAUCAUCAACCAAAUUUAGUUUAAUAAAUAAACAUAACCUAUAAAAUGUUUAUGAAAAUAAUUUGCAUGAAAAUACAUACUUAUUUGUUUACUAAAUAAAAAAAAAAUUAAGUUUAAUUAUUAAUUAACAAUAUUUAAUUUGAUUGAUAAAAUUGUGAUAAAUAAAGUAAGCAUGAUGGAUGAAAAUUUAAAUCCAAAUGUCUUACAUGAAAAUUUUGUCAAAAAAUACAAUACACAAAUUAAAAACACCACUGUCAAUGGUCAAGAUGUUGGUGAAGGUUGUAAAAAAGCUGCACCUCAACCACUUGUUGCUAAAGGAUUAUUUACUUCAAGUAAGAUUGAUGCUGCAAGUGGCCUUGGCAGAAAACAGCAAGUUCAACCUCCUCCAGAUGAUGAUGAUAUAAUGAUCAUUGAUGAUGCAGUUGUUACAUCAAUAAAUAAUGAUGCUACAAAAGUACCACAUGAUGAUAACAUCUUGUCAGCUACAAAAACAAAUGAAACACAAUUGAUAUCAAAUUCAGACGGCAUGAUUACACAAUUAACAGCAUCUCAAAUAAGAAAUGAAAAAGAGAGAGAAAGAAGACAAGCUAUAAAAGAAGCACGAAAGAUUGCUGAAUGUCAUUAUAAAAAUGAACAAAAAGAAAAAGCAUUUAAACGUUUAAUGCAUUUAGUAAAACGUAGUAAAUUUUAUUCAUCAUUUCUUAAGACUAAAAUAAAUCCAAAAUCUACUGAUGAUGAUGAUGAAGAUGAAGAUGAAACUCAUCCAUCAAAAAAACGUAUUAAAUUGCACAAUAAAGACUCAAGAGAUACCAAGAAAUUUAAGGAUAUUGUUUCACCAGAAGUUACAAAUAAAAUAAUUAAAAAUAUAAAUGAUUCAAUUGCUGAAGAAGAUGUUGAUUCAAUGUCAGACACUGACAUUGAUGAUGAAAUGAAAAUAGCAACAGUAAAUACAUAUGUUAAACCAGAAUUAUUGGAUUGUGAAUUAAGAGAUUAUCAAAAGGUUGGAUUACAAUGGUUAAUUGCUCUAAAUGACAAUGGAAUGAGUGGAAUAUUAGCUGAUGAAAUGGGACUGGGUAAAACAGUACAAUCAAUUGCAUUAAUAUGUUAUUUAAUGAGUCAAAAAGUGGCUGGUCCAUAUUUAAUUGUAGCACCAUUAUCAACAAUACCAAAUUGGAAAAUGGAAUUUAAAAAAUUUGCACCACAUAUACCACUUGUUAUAUUAUAUGGUAAAGAAUCAGAACGUUCAAAACAAUUUCAAAGUAUUAAAAAAACUUAUAAAUUACCAAAUGGUUUUGCAACACAACCAGUUGUAUUAACAACAUAUGAAACACCAGUUUUUGAAAAAGGACGUAUUGUUAGAAUAAAAUGGCGUUAUAUUAUUGUUGAUGAAGGACAACGUAUUAAAAAUUCAAAUUGUUUAUUAUUUAAAUUAUUGAUAAAAUGUACAUCAAUGAAUCGUUUGUUAUUAACUGGUACACCAUUGCAAAAUGAUAUAUCAGAAUUAUGGUCAUUAUUAAAUUUUUUAAUGCCAGAAUUAUUUGAUGAUCUUGAUGUAUUUGAAUCAUGGUUUGAUGUAAAAGAUUUAUUAGAUAAAAAUGGUACAGAUAAAUUUUUAGAGCAAGAAAAAGAUAAACAUAUUGUUGGGCAUUUACGUGAAAUAUUAAAACCAUUUAUGCUGAGAAGAUUAAAGGUUGAUGUUUGUCCAGAUAUACCACCUAAAAAAGAGGUUGUUAUAUAUGCACCAAUGACUGAUCUUCAACGUGAAUUGUAUACAGCAACAUUAAAUCGUGAUUUACAUGUAUUAUUUCAUACAAAAAAAGAAACAUUAAUCAUUGAUGAUGUUAAUGGUGUUAGACCACAACGUAGAUGUGCAACAAGACGUAACUAUGCUCGUAUUCAUGCUGAUCCAUAUGCUGAAUUAUAUGAAGCAGCAGCUCAAAAAUAUCGUGAUGCUGUUGAUGAUAAAAAAAUUCAAGUUGAAAAAACAUGGGCUGCUCAUGUACAAAUAACUGAUGAAAAUUAUGAUUAUUUAUUAAAUAUAAAUGGUCAUCGUGGAACAAUGUAUAAGCAAAUUGUUAAUCAUCCAUAUAUGAUUAGUUGUCCAACAAAUGACGUUGGACAACGUCGAGUUGAUGAAGAAUUAAUAAAAGCAUCUGGUAAAUUUAUAAUUCUUGAUGCAAUGUUGAAAAAACUUUAUGCAGGUGGUCAUAAAGUUUUGAUAUAUUCAACUUGGAUACAAAUAUUGGAUCAUAUUGAAGAUUAUUUGGAUAUGCGACCAUGGAAUUGGACACGUCUUGAUGGAAAAUAUAGCACAGAUGAUCGACAGUAUAAUAUUGAUUUAUUUAAUAAUAAUCCAGAUGUAUUUUUAUUUUUAAUAACAACAAGAGCUGGUGGUGUUGGUCUUAAUUUAAUGGGUGCUGAUACUGUUAUAAUAUUUGACAGUGAUUGGAAUCCACAAGCAGACAUUCAAGCUAUGGCAAGAUGUCAUAGAAUUGGUCAAACACGUCCUGUUAUGAUUUAUAAACUUUGUACAAAAGGAUCAUAUGAUGAAUUAAUUAUCAAUCGUGCUAAUGCUAAAAGAAAACUUGAAAAACUUGUUAUAUCUGAAGAUUUAAAUGGUGUUACUUUUGAUAAAGAUAUGCUUUUAAAAAUGAAACAACUUCUUGAAAAAACUGAGCAUGAAGUGGUCAAUUCAGAAAAAGAUUGUUUUUCUGAUGAAGAACUUGAUAAACUUAUGGAUCGUAGUGAUUUAAUAAAACAAAUGGAUCAAUUCAAGGAAUGGAAUGCAACUAAUAACAAAAUUAAAAUUGAAAAACAACAAAUUAAUAAUAAUAAUCAUGAUGAUGAUUGUGAAAUUAUUGAUCUUACUACUGAAGAUGUCAAGUUUAAAAAUGUAGACCAAAAGAAAAAAGAAUUUUUACCAAUGAAAGAACUACGUGUUCAUCUUACAAGAUUAUAAUUCAAGACUGAAUCAAAUUAAUUUAAUUUUUUUUUAUUCUUUUUUUAUUUAUUCAAUCUUUUUUUCAAUUUUCAAGGCACAUUUUAUAAUUGUUUUUUAAUUAUUUAAAUUCAAAAAAUUAUAAACAAUAUAUUGGUUGAAAUUAAUCUCAAUGAAAUUAAUAGUAAUGAUGAAAAAUAUUGUUAUUGAAUAACAUAUUAUCUUGCUACAAUAAUGAGCACUGUCAAAAAUAUUUCUUACCAUUAGGAUUUUUAUUUUUUUAAUGUAAUUACUAUGAUGUAUAAAAUAUUAUUUGAUAUAAUUUAAAGCAUCUAUCUUAAUAAAUAGUUGUUUUCAUUAUUAAUAAA